UCUAACAUGGCGGUGUAAACAAAAAACAUGUGGGCUCCCAUAAAACGUGUUUAUUGUGAAAAAUGAAUAUGUUGAGAAGAGACCUAAGUGUCAGGAAAGUCAGCAUUCAGGAGGCAAUAUCUUGCUGGUGUAAUUUCUAAAUUAUACGACCAAGACUAUCAGCGACUUUCUCGCAGGUGGCUCAAUAUAGAUGAUGUCCGGAGGCAGUAAUAAAGCUAAGGAUGACCUGUUGGUAGAUUGGGAAAUAUUUUGUCCUAUAGGUCCAAAACUGGCUUUCCAUGUGGCAUGUGUGAUAGGAAAUUCCCUGUAUGUUCAUGGAGGGAUUGAAGCAAGGUACAGCACUCAACCAUCCAAGAAGAUCUUCAAGCUGGAUAUGGACACCAUGAUAUGGAAUGAAGUGAGGGCUCCAAACAGCCCAGCUCUCAGUCAUCAUGCAUGUAUUCCAUUGGCUAAAAAGUACAUUGUUUUGAUUGGAGGGUGGAAUGGGAAAGCUAGAACAUCGUCCAUUGUAGUUUUUGACACAGUAAAGGAGGAGUGGAUUUAUCCAAAGGUGACAGGUUUUCCCGACGAUGCUGGUCUGAGUUCCCACACUGCCUCACUGCUGAGCAAUGGGAGUAUCAUCGUGAUAGGAAGGGAAGGAACUCUACGCAUGCAACCAGGGAGUGAAUAUACAGGCAAUGUGUACAUGUUAAAGGGCUGUCUGGACAGAUUUGAAUUCCAUUACGAGGAAUAUAGUCGCUUCACUGAGUCACGGUCGGGCCACACAACCAGCUUCAUUGGUCCCACUCUGUACAUCAUCGGAGGGAGGAACGACCAGUUACUAGAGGUGCACAAAGGCUAUCGAAGUGGACACCCCCAAAACGAUCUGAUGGAAAACAUUCUCACCAUUGCCAAAUCCUUACCCCCAAUGUCAAAAAUGCCAGGAGGGCGCAAACAUCACAUUGCCAUCGAAGGCCCCUCCACCAUUCUUAUUCAUGGAGGUGAAACUUUUCGUGGCCAGAACUCGCAACCAGUGGGAGAUAUUCUCCUGAUGACCAAUACACCAAAUAUUAAUUUCUACAAGGUGGGAACAAGUAAAGUUGAGCGGGCUGGCCAUGCCUGUUGUGUAGCUCAGGACAGAAUCCUUUUCCAUGGAGGAUUUAGUGGCAAAGAUCUCAUUCAUGGUGAUACCAGAGAGCUUAGAAUUCUGUAAGAGGAAUUUAAGAGCCUAAAGUGCUGUUGGGUAAUUUUUAGUGCCCUAUAAGGAUCUACUAAUUAUAUGUUAAUGAUAUGAUCAACUUAUUGCGAGCAGAUUCAGAAUACAAGUUUUAAUUCAAGUCGAGCUAAUACUGUUUGAUUUUGGCGCAACAUAUUAGAGAAUAGAAUUCAUUUGAGUCAUUCACAGUUUGAUUUGCGAACAUUAUGUCAACAAGUUAAUUAAGGGUUGUGCACUCAUAUUUUAAGGUAAAUUCAUAUCUUGUAAAUGGGUAAACAAAAAAAUUUUCAUUUAUGUUUUACUUAUAGGUAAAUUCAAUUACCUGGUAUGUUUUGGAAAUGUUAUAUUAGUUUUGAAACACACACCAUGAACUUAUCAUAGUUUCUAAAUGAAGAUUGUACUGAGUGCAUUAAAUUUUAUUUUUAGUGCUUAGAAGUGGUUGAUUCACAGUUUGUUUUGUGAGUUUUAAUUUUUCCUUUGUUACCCUAUUCUGUUCGAUUAACUGAAGUGCCAUUUAUUAUUUUUUCUCUAUAUAUGAUGUAGAUUUAUUUUGUUAUUGUAACACAAAGUAACAAGUUUUUCUUGAUGGCUCUUUACACCAUUGUGGUCAGUAAUUAUCUGCCCUCCAUAUAGAUUUUUGUUUUUUAUGCCCCAGCCAUGAAAUGGUAGAGGGCUUUUAGUGUUACCCUGUUCUGUCAUUCCGUCCUUCUGUCAUCAUUAGUUAUGCCCCUUGAAUAUAACAAAAAAGAGACAACUUUAGUUUCCUUACUCAAACUUUUGAAGGGAUAUACACACACACGAAAAUCAUCACAAUCAAGCAUCUUACAACAGUGACCAAAAAACAAGAACUGACAACUCUAGCUGCAUCAUAUUACUGAUACUUAUAUUGAACAAAACCCCAUAAUCAGACAUGUUUGAAUACAAAAAACCCUGAAACAGUGACUGAAAUUCCAUGAACAUGUUGAUUACCUAGUGAUCAACAAACCAUAAACACAUGCCAUAGCAGGACUUCAACAAUAAGCUUGAACAACCAAUGUACAACAGUGACCCACAUCCCAUUUACAAACACAAACGUGUAUACUAUGACAAUAUUUAGUUUCACUUCUUACCAUCUAUUAAAUUGCACUGAUUGAUCUGAGUAAAAAGACCUAAUUACCAAAUCUGGUGCAUACGCAUACUAUCUUCUUUCAGUAUUUCUUGAAGAUCAUGAAUAACUGACUUUCCUCGUGGCUUCAACCGCAUCAUGACCUGAAAUUUUACUAAUGCUAAUAUACAUUUCAUUUAUGUUAAUAUUUGUAAACAGUAAAAUGAAUUUAUCAAUUUAAUACUAUAUCAAAGGUUAUAUUCAUUUGAAUACUAUUUAUAACACAGUGCACUAUUUUUGUCAGCAUGGUUCGGCUGUUCCAUGGGCUCCUCUGUUAAAUGCGCAUUACUCAUAGAAUAGCAGAGAUUUUGAAAAAUAAAUCAUAAUUGUGGAAAGGUAAAAAACAUAAAUAUAGCCAUUGAAUCCUUAUUUUUCAAAGACAGGUGAUCUGAUUACUGCAACAGUGUGUACAAACAAAUUUUCAUAACCCGCUAGUGCUUUUUAUUCAACUUGUAUACACACACCGUUACAGUUAUGUGACCACAUCUUUCAAGAAAUAAUGUUUCAAUGUUUAAAUACUAAAAGACUAUCUGCAAUCGCAUAUUUGUGUGUGUGUGUGUGUGUGUGUGUGUGUGUGUGUGUGUGUGUGUGUGUGUGUGUGUGUGUAUAUAUAUAUAUAUAUAUAUAUAUAUAUAUAUAAACUUCCUAUAUAUAUGUACACAUACAUGUAUAAACAGUAAAAUAUCUGACCUUAAAGACACAAAAAAACUCAAGAACAACCCAAAGAAAAAAUGUUUGAGCAAACAAUCAAUGACAGUGACCAACAUCCAAUGAACAGACAAAUACAUGAUAAUAUGAAAGCAGCUCCAAAACCAUAUGCAUUCACAUAUUAUAUAUGUUUGCAAAUGAACAAAUACCUAAAUUCAAAGAUACAAAAAGUCAGUGACAAACUAUAGGGAAAAUGUUAGAGCAAAUAAUCUCUGACAGUGACCAACAAUUCAUGAACAGACACAAACAUUUAUAAUUAUAUGAAAGCGAUUCAAAAACCACAAGCAUUCACAUAUAUUUCUUUUAAUGUACACAUGUAUAAACUCUAUAUGAAUGAAUGCAUAUACCAGGUACACAAAUGUGUAUUAAGUAAACUCAAAGACACAAAAAGUAAUGAACAAUCCACUGAAAAAAUGUUAGAAUAAGAAAUCUAGGAUAAUGACCCACAAUCCAUGAACAGAAGACUCAAACAUGCAUAAACAUGACAAUGUCCCACAAUCCAUAAAUAGACACAAACAUGUAUAUACAGUACUCAUCAAACAAAUUAGGUACAUGCAAUUCUAUCCAGCAUUCUUUCAUACAAAUAUCAAAAUUCUUGUGACCAAAAUCAAAUAAGAAAUUACAUGUACCGGUAAAUCAUUUCUGUAAGUAAUGGAAAUGAAAGAUUAAUGUGAACAAUCGAAGAUCUUUAUAGGAACAUAUUGGUAACACAUUUUUCUGAAUGUCCAAUGCAUUAAUUCAUAUAUACCCAGAGUUUACAAUUAACUGCAUAACAUGUAAUUUGUAUGUAAUAUAGCUUGUUAUUUUAUGGAUUAUUUUUUUCAACAACAAAAAUAUUGAUCAUAGAUUUUACAUAUUUAUUAAGAACAAGAGUUGUAUUUUUAUUGAACCUGUUAUUUUCCACAUGAUUCGAUGUUGGGCUGAGAUGUUAAUAGCAAUUGGCUGGGAUGUUCGGUAAUGAAAAAAUGUACAAAUACAGAUAACUUAUUAAUCAUUCAAGCCAAUAAGUCAUUUUGUAUACCCUAUAAAAGAAGCAGCAAGGAUUAACAACUAGGAAUUUGUUAAUAAAAAGAUUUCUGUGGAUAUCCUAUUUAGUUAAGUCUCCCAAACAAAGUUUGGAGACUUAUUGUUUUUGUACGGUUCUUAUUAUUAUUAGUCCCCUACCGGUUUCACCAGAGGGGACUAUAGCUUUCCUCUGCGUCCGUCAGUCCGUCUGUCUGUCCGUCGGUCCGUCCGUCCGUCUGUCGGUCUGUCUGUCUGUCUGUCUGUCCCACUUCAGUUUUCCACACUUUUUUUCUUUAUGCGUUUAAGGAAUAAUAUGAAAUUUGCUGAACAGCUUCAAAAUGUCAAACUACAGAUCAUGUUUACACUUUUGUAGCGUCUGGUUGACAUAUUUUCGAGAAAAUUAUUUUUUUAUAUUCCAAUUUUUCAAUGUUCGGGUUUGAUAUUCUGCAUAACAGUGCAUUGUUUUCACAAUUUCCACAAACCGGUAGGGGACGUGUAUUGCUUAUGCAAUACUCUCAGAAUGCUUGUUAGGGUUGUUUUCGUUCGGUUUCUUUUUCCCUAGUCUUUUUUUUUCUUACAAAUUUUGUGUACACGAUUUCGCAGAAACUACUCGGUCAAUUUACGUGAAACUUUCAGAUCUGAUAGAUAUUGCCCUUAUUUGAAAUUUUUUUAAAUUGUGACGUCACGCUGCAAAAGUUGUUCAUUAUGAUCUUAUUAAUGUAACAAUACUAUUUUGUUCGGGUAUUGCGUAAUAUGAGAGUAAAAAGCUAGACUUGU